AUGUUCGUCAUCACGCUUCUCUUCAUCAGCGUGAGUUCGAGCUCAGUACUAGGUAGAAUAAGAUAGAAUCAGGUUUCAGCACCAAGCAAAGACUUGAGGAUGCGCAAGUCUGUACGAGCCAGGCGAACCCCUGCUCAUCCUGGCUCUUCAGCAUCAUCUCGCUUCCUAUAUGUUCACAAACCAAAGUUGCUUACCCCCACUUGCGUGUCCGCAGCUACUGUCAGUGGUGGUCGGUCUCCGUAUUCGGAGCCGCCAGCACCCAGGCGAUGACACAGUAGCUUCCGAUACCAUGAGUGCUGGCGUUCGCCGGCUCUUGACAGCUUCGGCAGUGAGUACCUGCACAACGGUAGCUGAGGAGGUCUUUAAGCUGACUAUCUGCUCCGCGACUUCUCGUAUGGAGCAGACUAUACGCAUCUUGCGGGACCACGGUGGCGAGUCGUUUCUAAAGAUGCGCUCCUUGCAAGCGGCAUUGAGGGUGUGUCGACCCUGAUGGAUUGAUCGUGUCCCUCGGUAUACGCGUCUGAUACUGCUCUUUUCGAAUGCAAACGAUCAGGAGUAUCACGAGAACUCCAAGUGGCUCGAAGACUUGAAUCCGGUGUGGCGCACACGGAUCCUCAGCCUGAUAGAAACAAUCAAGAAUAGUUCUGAAGGCCAGAAAAUUUUCGAGAGCACGCUGAAGGCUGCCUCGCUACAAUUGACACGUCCAGUCUUUCGCAAGAGUGUGCAAUCUGCUCCUGUGAGUAGCGAGCUGAAACAGAAAACGAGACCGAACAACGAACGAUUGUCAGCGUGCCAUCAAUCACAUCUGCUGCAGCGCAAGAGCAGGCUGUCAUACCCGGGCGUUCACGUGUCGAACAUGCGCGCUGAGACCUCAUACUCAUCCUGCUGUACUUCAACCUAGGACGCAUUGACCUUCGUCUUCACCCAAACUGCAAAGGUGAGUUAUAUUUCAGCACAGCAUCACACUAGACCAAGUCAAAUAUCUCUCGCGGGACUGUUCACGCUGUGUUUAAUGUGACGCACGCCCUUCUCGCAUACCGCGCCCCUCCUUCCGACCUCGCCUCUCACAUCCUCGACGUGGCUUUCCAUGAUGACACUGCGGCGCUCCUCGACACCCGCACCUAUUACUUUAGGAUUUCUAUCCGACGCAUAACGUGUCUCGCGUGAGCCCUUCCGUCUUUCUCGCUUUCGCGCUAGAUCAGUCCAAUGCAAGCUGACUAUCGCACACUACCGGACGCAGGAUGACGUCUUGCUUCUCGAUUGGGUCAUACAAAACCUGGGAAUAAACAAGCACUUCCGUACGGAGCUAGAGCUUUAUGAGGUGAGUGAAAUGAUGUUUGAGUCUGACAGCUCUGAAGUCCGAUCUUCGUGAAUUUCACGUCGCAGCAUCAAGUCGAUCGUAUUUUUGCUUGGUUCGCCUUUCAAAACAGAAUUCGUCGCAGUCGUGAGUACCACAUGGCGGAAGAUUGCUUGUUUGCCUCCGCUCAAACGUGCAGCCUGCUUCAACAAUACUUUCAGAUCGUCAAAAGCAUAUCUUUCCCCUCAAGUCUGGGCAACCGCUUCCCUAUCGGUGGCAAGGCAGGCUUGGUUCAUUCAGAACUGGGCAACCGCAACCAAGCUCAGUCCUCCCCGUCACGCUCGCAGUCGCAGUCGCAUCGAGGCCGAUCCUUUAA